GCGGGGCAGCCCCGCGGAGACGGACGCCGGGCGGGCGGCAGCUCCGCGCCCCGCCGCUCCCACCGCCCGCGCCCCGCGACCCCCGGCUCCAUGGCGGGGCCCGCCGCCCCCCGCGCCCCGCCGCGGCCCUGGGCCGCUCUGCUGCUCCUCGCCGCCCUGCUGCCCGCCGCCGCACCAGAGAAGGACAUGCCAAACAGACCUCUGAGAGUGCGUGCCCAGUCUCCAGAUGGCAAGUUAUCUUUUCGGUGGAAGCCACCUUAUGGAGCAAGCUUCAGGGGUCCACGCAGCAGAUCCCAAGGUUACCUCCGUGGGUAUGGAGAGAGCAGCCGAAGGAUGAGCUAUGCUCCGCUGCUGCAAGAGCGACAAAACCAGGAAUCAAGAAAACUAGCCUCUGAGUCCGUUCAUGUGGUUUCACUGCCAUCAAGGAGCUCCCAAGGACGGAGCCAACCUGUCUAUAGGUCAUCUUUAACUAAAAGAAAAGUCACAGAGGAGGAAGAGGUGGAGGUGGCACAAGACAUAACUGUUCGAGUUAUGUCCUCUCAGUCUGUGCUCGUUGCCUGGACAGACCCACUGUAUGAAAAACAGAAGGUUGCAGCGAAUAGGCAAUACAGCGUUCGCUAUCGGGAAAAGGGGGAAUCGGCAAGGUGGGAUUACAAGCAGGUGUCCAACCGGCGGGCGCUGGUGGAGAAUCUGCUGCCAGACACCAUGUAUGAAUUUGCCGUCCAAAUCUUGGAGGGAGAAAAGGAAGGCAAAUGGAGUGUGUCUGUUUACCAACGGACCCCGGAGGCGGCUCCUGCCAGCGCACCUGAAAAUUUGGACGUAUGGCCACUAAAGGGGAAACCAACCUCUGUAGCAGCAUCCUGGGAUGCUCUCCCAGAGAGUGAAGGGAAAGUCAAAGAAUACAUUCUUUCAUACGCCCCGGCUCUCAAGCCAUUUGGAGCAAAGUCCAUCACCUACUCUGGAGCUACAACAUCAGCCAUAAUAGAUGGUCUGCAGGCCGGGGAGCGCUAUAUUUUCAAAAUUCGUGCAGCAAACAGGAGGGGACCAGGUCCUCAGUCUAAAGCCUUCAGUGUCGCCAUCCCAGCAGCUGCUCAUGAGGAUUCAGUUGCUCAGCAAAAACCAAAUAUUCAAGAUAAUUCAGAGGCUAAAAAACCUGGGAAUGCUGGCUCAUCUCCUUCUCAAACUUCCUCUGUUUCUUCAAAAGUCCAGCCGUCGCUUUCCUCUAAGCAGUCAUCUGUUCGUUCACCUAAUGUUAGUGAUAAAAAGAGUCUUCUUUCUGAAUAUAAGAAUAAAAUAUUGACUCGAGGAGGGGUCCUAAGUAAAUCUCAGUUACCUUCUAGAAAGACAGGUGAGCCGGAACCUGAUCUCCAAUCCACCGAAGUGACAGACGAUCGUGAUUCCUCCCAAGAAACUCCAAUGAUGCCACCAAAAGCCCAGGAUCAGAGGAGGAUCAUAAGACCUUUGUCCCCUAGUCGACCAGUCCACCCUGUCCUUGCCUCAGGAAGGACCUCUGUUCAAACUCAGACAUCAGAGGUGUCACAGCAGACAAGCACAGAGAAACAUGAGCCACUGGCACUGUUACCAUCGUCAGCACAACACUCUUCUGCCUCGUCUGUUCCUAAAUACACAGAUAAUGAAACAAAGCAACUGAGGCAAAGCAACACUAAUGUGCCUUCUAAAACCUCUUCCCAUCCUCUGCCUGCCAAAAGUAAUGAUCUUGCAGGUAAUGUGGAAGGAAAGCCACACCCCAUGCUGAUGAAGGUGUCUUCUAAAACUUCAGAGCCUAGUCGCCUCGUUUUGCCAUCAAAUCGGCAGUCUGCUAUCUCUCAUGAGGUUGUCCCAAGUCAUCCCAGUAGGUCUGGCUCUCUAGGUCACUCGCAUCAAUCCUCUUCCAAAUCAGCAGAUUCCCAUGCUCAUGAUAGCCAUAAUGAGUUUGACAGUGAAGAAGCAGAGGACAGAGCAGGACAGCCCAGUUCUAGGUCACAGCAAGCAAGGCUUCCCUCAGGCUCUAGUUCUCGCACGUGGAAGGAUUCAAAAUCAGCUGCAGUGGCAGUCUCCUCGAGGUCUGCUGUUUCUGGUCACUCUUCACCUCAGUCUCGCUCCUCCACCAGUGCCAAAUCUGAUGGAAAGGAUAUUGAUAAGAAUUAUAGGGAGGACUCACAAGAUGCAAACCCCUUAUUUCCUUCUUUACCCUCUUCAAGGCAGUCUUCUUCAGCAAUCUAUUCCAAGAGAAGAAAUCCUCACGUAGAUUCUGAUUCUCAUGUGAGAGAGACACACAGUGAAAAGUCACCCCACUCUGACUCAGAAGAACAACAAAGUCGAGCAGCUGCUCCAGAAAAGCAUUCUCUUUUGCAGUCUUCUCUUUCUAAACAUAAGCCUGAAGAGGAGAACAGUCGAGAGGUAAAAGAAACCCUCGCUCGAUCAAAACCAAGUGUAUCUUUGCCUAAAAAGACAUCCUCCUCUCAUCUUCCAUUGGAGAAGACCUCCCGCUCAGACCCUCUGCAGAGGGCACAAACCAAUCCUUCCUUACUGCAUUCAAGGGGCCGGCGUCUCCCAUCUCAUGUCUCAUCCCAGAGUAAUGAAGAAUUACAGGAAGAUGAUGAUGAGGAUGUAACAGAAGGCAGUCACAGAGCAAGCAGCCGCUCUGUGUUUCCUAAAGAUGUGUCCUCUUCUAGGAGACUGCAUACAUCUUUCUCUCAGGGAAGCUCAAGUCCAUCUCUAUCAAAGCAACAGCAGCCAGGUUCUCAGGUACCUUCCUACAAACCAAAACUUACUCAGCCAGACUCCAGUUCUGCCAGUGAUACAGCAAAAGACAACCAGUAUAAUCCAAAGUGGUCAUCUACUUCUUCAAGACAAGCUCGUCCUUCAUUACCUAAUCGCUCAAUGGUUGCUACAAGAACAGUGUCCCAAACAGAGAAAAAAUAUGGUUUGUUGCCCUCAAAAAUGUCCAAAGCUGAACCUCCUCAAAAAGUUCCUUCCUCCCCUUCAUCUAAAUCUCGUCAGUCAGUUUCUAAUGAAGAGGGUGAUUAUUACAGCGAAUAUGAUCAGAAAGAAGUGGAAGAUAAACCCUCAUCUUUGGCAGCAAAAUGGUCCCCUUCUGUUUCUAGAGGUAACAAAAACACAUAUGAUGACACUAUGAGCAAUAAAAGGAAAUCUAUGGACACUCUUCUACCUCACAAAGUAAGCUCUGAAGAGGAAGAGAAGGAAAAAACUCCAACAUUAAAAAUAUCUUCACUCGAAUCACCAGGAAGCUCUGCCAUAGCAUCACGGAUUACUCAGUCCUCUAACAAGCAUACCUCAUCUAAACCAAGCUUUGUCUGGCCACGUUCUUCUGCAUCUACCACCACACACACUGUUUCUCCAACAGUUUCUUCUUCUACUUUGUCCCCUCGACAGCGACUAUUGAACUCCAGGCUACGGAGCCCUUCCCAACGGCAAUUUGUUAGACCUCCUUAUAGACAAGGUUACAAUGGCAGACCUAAUCUUACAACGAAAAAUGGAAAUGGAAAUGGAAAAAUACUACCUGGUAAUACUGGAAAGCCAAGUGGACAGAGAGUAAUCAAUGGCCCUCAAGGAACAAAGUGGAUUGUAGAUCUUGACCGAGGGCUAGUGUUAAAUGUUGAAGGAAAAUACCUCCAAGAUUCCCAAGGCAACCCUCUCCGAGUGAAAUUAGGAGGGGAUGGACGUACAAUUGUUGAUGAAAAGGGUGCUCCAAUGGUGAGUCCUGAUGGAUUACCUUUGUUUGGACAUGGCAGAUUUAGUAAACCUGUAGCAAGUGCACAAGAUAAACCAAUAAUAAGCCUUGGAGGAAAACCUCUGAUUGGUCUUGAAAUGAUUAAGAAAACAACCACUCCCUCAACUACUACUACAACAAUGCCCCCAACAACUACCACAACCACUACAACAACUGUUGCUACAACUACCACCACCACUCCUGAACCGACCACCACUGAACCACCCACUGAGAAACCACCCCCAACCUGUCCUCCAGGCACCUAUGGACAAUAUGACGAUGAGGGCAACUUGCUGUUGGGGUUUGAUGGCCUGCCAGAGUGCAAUGCAGAAGAUAUGUUCUCAGGACUGGAUUCAGAUGUGACAGCAACUCCAGAGGCAUAUGUGAUAUAUGAUGAUGACUAUGAGUUUUUUGAGAGCACUUUGCCACCAACCACCACCACUGUCACCACCACCACUGCUUCAACAAUGACAGAAUCGGAAGUUGUCUAUCCAGAGACUAGCAUUGUUGGCACCGGCCCUAUGUCGGAAUAUGACAUUGCUGGGAAGAAACGGUUUACUGCUCCGUAUGUGACCUAUCUCAAUAAAGAUCCAGCAGCUCCCUGCUCCUUGACAGAGGCCCUGGAGCACUUCCAAGUGGAGAGCCUUGAUGAAAUCAUCCCAAAUGACCUCAGAGAGAAAGAGCUGCGUCCCCUGAAAGCCCCUCACAACAUCACUGUCGUGGCAGUCGAAGGCUGUCACUCCUUUGUCAUCGUGGACUGGGCCAAACCUGCUCGAGGAGACAUGGUAACAGGCUAUCUGGUUUACAGUGCAUCCUAUGAUGACUUUUUAAAGAAUAAGUGGUCAACCAGGACUGCAGGGACUACUCAUUUGCCAAUUGAGAACCUGAAGCCCAACACACGGUAUUAUUUUAAAGUCCAAGCAAAGAAUCCCUUUGGUUAUGGGCCUGUUAGCUCUUCAGUCUCAUUUAUCACAGAAUCUGACAAUCCCCUCCUCAUUGUCAGACCACCUGGUGGUGAGCCUAUCUGGAUCCCCUUCACUUUUAAAUAUGACCCCACCUAUUCAGACUGCAGCGGCAAGCAGUACGUGAAACGAACUUGGUACCGCAAGUUUGUAGGAGUGGUUCUUUGCAACUCUUUAAGGUACAAGAUUUACCUCAGCGAUGACCUAAAAGACACGUUCUACAGCAUUGGGGAUAGCUGGGGAAGGGGCGAGGACCACUGCCAGUUUGUGGAUUCACACCUGGAUGGAAGAACGGGACCUCAGUCAUACGUUGAAGCCCUGCCCACCAUCCGAGGGUAUUACCGCCAGUACCGCCAGGAGCCUGUAUCAUUUGGACGCAUUGGACACACAACACCCUACUACUAUGUGGGCUGGUAUGAGUGUGGUGUGCCCAUCCCAGGGAAAUGGUAGCAGUCUGCUUUCCUAUCUUAGGCAGACCAUGUUUUUCCAAUGAUUUCUACCGGAGGACUGUAAGCAACUGAUAAGGAAAAGAAAAGAAAAGAAAAGAAAAGAAAAGAAAAGAAAAGAAAAGAAAAGAAAAGAAAAGAAAAGAAAAGAAAAGAGAAAAAAGAAAAGAGAAAUGAGGCAAACCAGUGAAGACCAACUGCUCAAGAAACCCCUGUGAAGCCAAACAUGGUCCCCAGUUUACCAGCCUAAAUCUGUGGUGCUGCUUGAUUUCUGCUUGGAAGCAGGGACAGGAUAUAAGUUUGGUGUCCUACCUUCCUCCUGUGGGUGUUUAAGGCAUGGAGAGGCCGUUGCAAUGUGCAGCCUCUGAAAGCUAGAACUGUAUUUGCCAUGAAAAUUUGGAAGUUUCUUAUAUCUUGCAGGAACGACCUAAGCAUGCUGUGCUUGCUUAAUGGGAUGCUAAACUGUCCUUUGCUGCCUGCCAGGGCUCCCCUAUGCAAUCAUGCCACGCAAUCGGCCGCCCACCAAAGGCAAUAUAUUCACCUGAAGACUUACCCUGUGGGUUUGCCCACUGCUGGACUAAUCACCAGGUCACAGUGUAAAUUCACUUUGAGAUAUAUAUAUAUCUAUAUCUUUAUAAAUACAGUACUGUACAUCUGCAGAAGUACUGCUUAGAGAUGCUGAGUUUUUCUUGUUCACUAGAUAAAUGUGUUUGGAAUUUUUAUGUAAAAGGUGCUGUUAAUUCUGUGAGAUAUUGCUAUGCACAAUAUAUUAAUCAAGGAAAGAGCUAUAUUCUUCUCUGUGAGUACUGUUGAUCUAACAUUUGAAUUAUUGAUCAAAGACCUGUGUCCCACUUCCUUGGCAGCCUUUGGACUGGAUGUUCCAUGGGAAUCUACACCUCUAUCCAUGUUAGAGUGGCACUGUAUAGUCCAGCAAAAACACAUAUUCAGUAGUUUAUCCGCAUGAGUUAAACUUUCUAUCCUUUACUAUUUAAAACUCUUAAUGCAAUUUUUCUUCAAUCCAUUCUCAUCUUAUUUGGUAUGUUAUUUAUUCCUUGUCAGUAUCUUUCACUUCACUGUGUGGAGGCAUGGGAUGAGUAACUUGCAAAUUAGAAACUGCUUUUAACUUAUUUGCCCUCCAAAAAUAAACCCAAGCCAUUAAUACAAGUGUCAACUAGCAGGAAACUCCUUUGAUUUUGAUCCGUCCUGGGGACAAAUUGGGAUACAGUUCAUUUAAAAUACUACCGAAAUCUCUUCCAUCCAGACCAGAAAGCAACAACUGACAUGGAUGAAAGGUAUAAUGAUGAUUUUUUUAGCAGGCAUUUGGAAGCUUGCAAUAACAUAGGAUUUUAGUAGUCCUUCUGGGAAAUCUAGCAUUAAUGAUUUACUCAGUAACUUUCAUGGUCUUACCAUUUCAUGGUAACAUCUCAACAGCCUUUGCUCAUGUUAGUAAGACUCCCCUGUUCUGUCAGCCUGGGAGAGCAACAGCAUACCUGGGGGACGGAUCCGGUCUCUGGUCUGUCCCUCACUUUCAUUCCAGCUUACAUGUAGUGUAGGACUAAUACCUUUUCAGUUGCUUCCUGUAGUUAUUGUAAAUUGUAUGGGGACAAAAAAGGAACUAAAGUGAUUAAAAGAGCAUUUUAUUUUUCAUGGUGAUUUGGGUUUUAACAUUUUAAUUGUUCUCACAUACUUUUGCUUCAGUACAGUGCUAAAUAUAUGGUCUUGAAGUAUAACUUUUUUCCCUAAUAAACCUAUGA